AAUCGCUCUCCAAGACCAUUGGGAAAGACACAUGCAUAGAUGAGAGAGAGAGAGAGAGAGAGAGAGAGAGAGAGAGAGAGAGUAGGGCUUAGUUCUGGUGGGAAGUAGACUUUGCCGAUGGGGAGAAGCCCUUGCUGUUCCAAGGAGGGGUUGAACAGAGGGGCAUGGACUGCUCUGGAAGACAAAAUCCUCACAGACUACAUUAAAGUCCACGGUGAGGGAAGAUGGAGAAAUCUUCCCAAGAAUGCAGGUUUGAAGAGAUGUGGGAAGAGUUGUAGGCUUCGAUGGCUGAACUACUUGAGACCAGAUAUCAAGAGAGGGAACAUUUCACCUGAUGAAGAAGAGCUCAUCAUCAGACUCCACAAGCUCUUGGGAAACAGAUGGUCUCUGAUUGCUGGAAGGCUUCCAGGGCGAACAGACAAUGAAAUAAAGAACUACUGGAACACUAAUCUCGGGAAAAAGAUCCAAGAUCAUCACCAGAUCUCGUCGCCUCCGGCAGCCAGCGGCGGCAAGCACUCUGGUAAGAAAAUCAAAAAGUCAACCGUUGAUACACCGGCCGCGGCGCAGUCCCACCAAGUGGUCCGAACCAAGGCAAUGAGGUGCACGAAGGCCGUCCUUAACAUUCAGCCGCGCAGGGUCGAACAUUUCCCUGAAAAUUGCAAAACAGAGGCGGCGGCGGUAACAGAGGCAGAGCAGCUCUUCGUCGCCGGCGGUUUCCCGGGACAGAAUCCGCCAGAACUUUCCUGUCCAUGUGAUGGGUUUCUGCCGGACUUUGUGACGGACCUCAACAUGGCGGAUCUAUCGCUAGCGGAUCUCCUGAAUUCGGAUUUUUCAUCGGACUUGUGCGAUUUCAGCUGCAGCAAGGGUGAAACUAAUGAGCAGUACUUGUUGUCGCCUUCUUAUUCAGAUGAAGCUCUGAUGUUCUCUGGGAAAAUGCUGGAGGAUUGGGCUAACAAUUCUGAUUUCCAUUCAUGUGCUUCUUUGCUAAAUUCAGGGGAGGAUUGGCUAGCAAAAUAAUUAAUUGGGUUUAACAUAUUAUAAACACUCUGUUCAUAUUACUCUGCCGCAGCAAUUGACUGUGUUUCCAA